AUGCCCUGGAGCAGACCGCAGGUGGACCUUCAUGCCGGCGGAGCGGAGGCCAUGGAGCAGUACAGCACAGACGACCACCACUACGAGGGCUCCCUGUUCCCCACCUCCACCCUCAUCCCUGUCACUGUCAUCUGCAUCCUCAUCUUCAUUGUCGGGGUAACGGGCAACACCAUGACAAUCCUCAUCAUCCAGCACUUCAAGGACAUGAAGACCACCACCAACCUCUACCUGUCCAGCAUGGCGGUGUCUGACCUCAUCAUCUUCCUCUGCCUGCCCUUUGACCUCUAUCGCCUGUGGAAGUAUGUGCCCUGGCUGUUUGGGGAGGCGGUGUGCCGCUUCUAUCACUACAUCUUCGAGGGCUGCACCUCGGCCACCAUCCUCCACAUCACAGCCCUGAGCAUCGAGCGCUACUUGGCCAUCAGCUUCCCCCUCAGGAGCAAGGUGGUGGUGACCCGACGCAGGGUCCAGUACAUCAUCCUCGCCCUGUGGGGUUUCGCCCUGGUUUCUGCAGCCCCCACACUCUUCCUGGUCGGGGUGGAGUACGACAACGACACGCACCCAGACUACAACACGGGGCAGUGCAAGCACACCAGCUACGCCAUCAGCUCCGGGCAGCUGCACAUCAUGCUCUGGGUGUCCACCACCUACUUUUUCUGCCCGAUGCUCUGCCUCAUCUUCCUCUACGGCUCCAUCGGCUGCAAGUUGUGGAAAAGCAAAAAUGACCUCCAAGGCCCCUGUGCCUUGGCCCGGGAAAGGUCACACAGGCAAACAGUCAAGAUACUGGUGGUGGUGGUGCUGGCCUUCAUCAUCUGCUGGCUCCCAUACCACAUCGGCAGGAACCUCUUUGCCCAGGUGGACGACUACGAAACGGCCAUGCUGAGCCAGAACUUCAACAUGGCCUCCAUGGUGCUCUGCUACCUCAGCGCCUCCAUCAACCCCGUCGUCUACAACCUCAUGUCCCGGAAGUACAGGGCUGCAGCCAAACGCCUCUUCCUGCUGCACCAGCGCCCCAGACAGGCCCACCAUGGCCAGAGACAGCUCUGCGUGGCAGACCACAUCUCCACCCUGAACGAAAGCCUGACUGGGGUCUGA